AUGUCGGCCGACGGACAGCUUGACUUUGGGAGACCUUCGGCUGCUGCGAAUGCGGACGACUAUGCCCUCCAAAUGACGUCGCUGGCCAACACGCCGGCAACGACGUCUAUGUUUGAAACAGACAUGACCACGACUGAGUUCCUCGAGUACGAAAAGGCGCUCAAGCAGCCGUGCUGCUCCAAGAGCCGGGCGCUGCUUUUUUCAGCCAUCGCUGCGGUCUGCUUUGUCCUCGCCGCAGGCACCACCGUCGCCCUCGUCCUCCUCCUCAACAACGACAAGGCUGCAUCGUCCUCUUCAUCGGCAGACAACUCGCUCUCGCCGACUUCUCCGCCGCCGCCCGAGGGCUUUGCCCUCCCACCGCCGGCGCCUCCUGGCCAGCUGCUGACGGUCAAGGACCCCGCCUGCGACUGCACCGUCGCCCGAUCGUACGAUGGCUUCCCCUGGGAGCCGACCCCGCGCAACGAUCGCGCCACUGUCCCGGUCCGUUGCGACGCCGACGGCGUGUGCUACAUUCUCACCGCCUCGCCGCCGUCCAACGCCACCAGCAUUGACAUCCCGGCCCCGCUCACCGCCGUCUCGCCGCGUCACAGGGCUGCCCGUCUUCUCAGCCAGGCCACCUUUGGCGCCACCAUCGAGACCAUCACGGCGACAGCCUCUACCUACGGCGACGACGUCGCUCGCUGGGUCAAGGACCAGAUGGCCAUCCCGCGGACCUCGGCGAGAGCCUACGUCCGCCAGCGGUCCAAUGGGCGCUACUUUGACGGCGCCUUUCAGACCGGCCACCUCACCAAGGCGUGCGACUACGGCGCCCGCUGGCACCAGUUUCUCUUCAACUUCUUCGACAACGGCAAGACGCUGACCGUCACCACCGGUGAUGCGCCUGGUCGCUACUCACUCUACAUCGACGGCGAGCUCCGCGCGGAGCUCUCCAAGUGGUACAACGAGACUCAUCCGGGAUCGUUCCCGGCCUCGUCCGAGUACAAGAUCUACUGUGUCGAAGAGGGGCUUGGCAACCGCAUCCGCCUCAAGCCGACCUCCUCCAGCGCCUCGGUCACCUGCGGCCGCAUCAAUACGUAUGACUCGCCGUACACUAUCACCAACCCGGCCAUCGAGUUUGGCGACAGCGGCGCGCGCAUUUCAGGUGCAAACGCGCUGCAGACUGUUACUGCCGCCGAGGUUGACUUUACUCCCGUCAACAUCGCCAAGAACGGCGUCUUCGUCGUCGCUCAUCGGACGCCCGGCUGCGUCGUCGGCACCGACCCCGCCGGCAACACCUACAUGCUCCGUGACGGUGAGUUCUUCCGCUUUGAUCCGCGCAUCCGCCUCAUCACCAACACCGUUGACCAGCCGUCGACCGGCCUGCCCGAGGGUGCCACCUGCCCCACCGCUCCGCUUGACUACCAGAACGCCCGUGGGUGCACCAUCCGCCCAGAGUGCGGCUCGCCGCCGGUCUUCACCUCGGUUAACUUUGAUCUCGAUGCCUCUGUUCUUCGCACCUGGUACAACGAUGACAUCUCCCGCCGUCGCAUCGUUUACUCUGUUCGCGGUCUCCGCCUCGAGGGCGAGUACGCCACCUCGCCCUGCACCGGCGGCCGAUCGCGCUGGGUCAACGUGGGCGCCGCUGGCUCCUGUGCCGAGACGCCCGGCCUCAACACUGCUACCAAGGCCGCCAUCACCAACGCGCUCACUGCCACCACCGACAAGGCCAACUCGCUCCUCCGCGAUGUUGUCGUCUCUGAUGCUGGUUGCGACGCGACCAACACCGCCACCAUCGGCGCUCGUGUCGCCGCAGACUCGUUCUGCUGGCAGCACGUCCACCCCGAUGAGUACACCGUCCGCGACGUCACCGACUGGAAUGUCAACCAUCCGGGCAAUGCCGCUGCUGCAGGCGCUGGCAACCCCAAUCCCAUCGAUCGCUUUGCCCGCGACGGCGGCACCGAGCUGUACUACCCGGCCUCGCACCCGAUGAGCCGCUGGGCCGAGCACAGGGUUCAGAUGCCCGCCGUUGGCCGCCUCGGCGACUCGCUCGCGUUUGGCGACAUCGCCUCGCAGCUCAAGACCAUCGAUCUUGCGCUCGCCGUUGGCGCCCUCGCUGAGGCGCCUGUCGGAGGCGCCAUCGCCUGCGGGAGCUACGACGAAGUCAUGAACAAGCCCGAGUACGGCGAGUACUACCCGACGUACGUCUACAACCGGCCGCCCCAGCGCUAUCUUGCCGAGAAAUCGGUCGACUCGCCGAUGAAGCUCGAGCGGACGACCGAGUACGGCAUCUCCAACGUCAUGCACAAGGCCAACGAUCAGCUCCGCCAGCGCGUCGCCUUCUCGCUCUCAAACUUCAUCGUUCUCGCCACCGGCCCCAUCUCGGGCUAUCGCGACAAGGCCGAGGGCUUCCUCAAGUACUACGACAUCUUUACCCGCAACGCCUUUGGAUCGUUUGCCACCAUCCUCAAGGAUGUCUCCUACCACCGCUACAUGGGAUCGUACCUCACCUACGAGGGCUCGCGUGCCUAUGCCUCAUCGGGCACCUUCCCCGACGAGAACUACGCUCGCGAGAUCAUGCAGCUCUUCUCCAUCGGCCUUGUUGAGCUCAACGACGACGGCACGCCCAAGCGCGAUGCUGCCGGCAACGAGCUUCCUACCUACGGCCAGGAAGACAUUGUCGACUACGCCCGGGUUUGGACCGGCUUUGAGGGCUACACCUACCGCCGCAACCUCAUCGGGACGCCGGAGCAGGACGUCGGCGCUGAUGCCAUGCUCAUCAACCCGGUCUACCACGAUCGCAUGCCCAAGCUCCGCCUCGCCUCGGCCGGCGGCGGGUACAUCGGUGAUACCUACCCGAUUUGCGAUGAGCUGCCGGGCAAGCCGUGGCUCAACAAGGGCGCACGCUACACGCUCGUUGGCCCGACCUCGGGCUCGAGCUACCUCGAUGGCAACGAGCACCGCCUUGAGCCGCUCACUCCGGUCUCAGACGGCUCAUCCGGCCUCUUUGAGGCGCUUUGUGGUCGCAUGGCCCCCGGAUCUCCCUGCACCUUCCCGGCCGCGCCCGUUCUUCAGGAGACCGUGCCCUGCGUCGGCAACCAGGAGUGCGACGCUGGCGAGGUGGUGACUGUCAAGAUCAUCGAUCCUAUCGGCAACGUCUCCAUGUACUACCGCGCCAACUCGGUCCCCUGCGUCCGUCUCGCCUUUUUCAACGGCGGCGAGACUGUCUCUUCCCGCUACCAUCGGACGUGCGCCAACCCCGUCACCCCGGCCGCCAUGCCGCUCUGCUGCUCGCCGACCAACACCCGCUCUAUGACCGUCGUCCCGGGCAUCUGCAACUUUAUUCACGAGAAGGUGAGCCACACUGAGGCCGUCGCGCGCUGCUCCGCUGCCGGUGCUGUUCUCUGCGAUCACACUAUCACCAACGGUGGUUGGGGUAGGACCUGUCUCGAUCGCUCGAGCUACUGGGCCAACUCCAACUGCUCCAUCAAGGCUCAGAUCUACGCCAGCGGCCGCGUCGGCGUCGUCGACGAUAUCGCUCUCAGCACCGAAAAGGUGCUGCAAAAGUCUUCCAACAACUUUUUCCGCGUCGUCUGGAACUCGGACCCGCUCCUCGCCAUCGACGGCGUCUGCCCUGCCGGCUGUGAUGCCGAGCCCACGGCCGAUGGUGUCUCGUGCAUCUGCUCCACACGCGUCGUCGACUCGGUCGUCUACACUUCUCCGGAGCAGUUGAUCAACGCCACGUCGGCCGAUCUCCUCGCCAACGUCCACAUCGGCGCCACCGCGCCGUCAAUGUACGGUGCGGGUGUGUACGCCGAGUGCACCACCGAUGUGUGCAAGUCUGUGGCCAACACCACAGGCGCCACCAUCUGGCUUCACUCGGGCGAUGGUGGCAGCUUCUCAGCGCGUACCAUCUUUGCGCUCCCGGCCUUCCGCCUGGGCGGUCGGCCGCGCUUCAUCCUCAACCGGGUCUCGACGGUCUACCUCGGCGACGGCGAUGCUUACUCCUUCCGCAACGCGCCGACCUUUACCCGCUUUGUCGGCUUUGGCAAAGUCUUUAACGCCGACUACGAUAGCCUCGGUAUGUUCGCCCACACGGCGCACGAUGAGGUCAGCGCCUUGCUCGAGAUGCUGGUCGAGCACGAUGCCACCGCGCCGUUUGUCUGCUGGCGUCUCAUCCAGAACCUGGUCACAUCGAACCCGUCGCCACGGUACAUGGAAAAGGUGGUCAAGGCCUUCCGGACCGGCUCGGUCACCACUCGCGAUGGCACCGUCCAUGCCUUCUCUAACACCUACGGCGAUCUCGGCGCCGCCAUCUUUGCCAUCCUCACCGAUCGCGAGGCCCGGUCCGACGUCCUGUUGGCCGACACCUCGUUUGGCAUGGUCAACGAUCCUCUCAUGCUCCUCCAUCGCGUCCUCCGGGGGCUGGACUACCAGUCGCCGAUCAAGCGCGAGCUUCAGCUGCAGACUUCGUCUCCCAUCGCCAUGCAGCCGCUCACUGCGCCAUCGGUUUUCUCCUUCUAUCUGCCCGAAUACCAGCCGUCCGGGCGCAUGCUCGAUGAAGGCCUCUUCUCUCCAGCUGCCCAGCUCGCCACCCCGCCCAUCAUGGUCUCGCUGCUCAACGGCAUCCACUCGCUCAUGGACUACGGCCUCACCCACUGCGCUAGCGGGUUUGGCGACGACCUGCGGACGUACGGGUGCGGCGAUCCCAAGCCGUACGCUGAUGGCUACCUCGACGCGCUUGAGAACGCAGCGACCAAGCACGCUGCCUCGACCGCCGCCGACAUCGUCGACGAGCUCUCGCUUGUCCUUACCGGCGGGCGGAUCCUGCCGGGCAUGGCCACGCACACCACGCUCUUGACUGAUUUUGAGCGGGUCGACGCCGAGUCUGGCCGCGCUGCUGCCAUCCGCCGGACGGCCAAGAUCAUGAUCGCCGCGCCCGAGUUCUACACCACCAACGUGGCCCAGCCGACCGAACGGUCGCGGGCCGAGUCCUCGACCACAUCGGGCAGCACCCGCCCGUUCAAGGCCCUUGUAAUGAUCUUCCUCGAGGGUGGGCUCGACUCGUUCGCUGCCCUUGAGCCGCUCACCUGUGAUGCCGGCGUCCGUGCCGAGUACGAGUCCGUCCGUGGCGGGGCCGCGAUGGACACAGGCUCGCUCCUCCCGGUCACCAACAACGGCGGCGAUCCGCAGCCAUGCUCUACCUUUGGCAUGCAUCCGGCCUUUGCCAACGUCAAGCAGGCCUACGAUGACGGCGAUGCGCUCUGGUUUGCCAACAUCGGCGCCCUCGUCGAGCCGACCACCCUCGAGCAGUACCGUAAGAAGCGCGUCGGCCUCCCUGUCUCGCUCUACUCGCACAGCUCGAUGCAGCUCCACGGGCGGACGUGUGACCCAGGCUCACUCCGCGGAUCGGGUGUCCUGGCUCGCAUCGCCGACGUCCUCUCCACCACCAUCGCCGACACCUACUCUCUUGUCAUGCAGUCGGUCCGCGGCGCAACGCGGGCGAUGAGCGGAACCAAGGUCUCGUACGACAUUGUGGGAACAGGCACCUCGAUCGAGACGCUCAACAACCGCGACGACGUCCGACCGGUCGUCAACAAGCUGCUUGCCCGCAAGGAGGCGACGCCACUCACCGACCUCUUUGGCGACCAGCUCGACUCUGCUCUCAACUCGACCGAAAAAAUCAACCAGCAGCUCGCCACCGUCUCGCUUCUCAACUCAUGGUCCGGCUCAGGUCUCACCUUCCGCCAGAUCAAGCGUGUUGCCGAGCUCAUCAUCGGCGCUCGCGGCGACGGUCAGGAGCGCGGUAUCUACUACGCCACCGCCACCAACUUUGACACUCACAACAGCCUCGAUCUCAACGGCGCCAUCGGUGCUGUCGACACCCCGCUCGGCCAACUCAUCCAGGAGCUCAAGCUGCAGAACGUGUGGGACGACACCACCAUCGUCCUCAUGUCCGAGUUUGGCCGGACGCUCAAGAACAACGGCAAGGGCACCGAUCACGCGUGGGGCGGCAACACAGUCAUUCUUGGUGGCGGGCUUCGCGGUGAGCGGGUGCUCGGCCAGUACAUCAACAAGUUCUCUGACGAUGGCCCGCAGAUCAUCGACAAGGGUCGCGUCCUGCCCACCAUGCCGUGGGAGGCCAUGUGGCACGGCAUCGCUCAGUGGUUCGGCGUCGCCGACGAGCACAUGCCGGCCAUCUUCCCCAACUGGGCCAAAUUUGAUCCGUCCACCUUCUACACUCAGGCCGAUCUCUACGAAUAGGGGGAGUCUGUCCUCAACCCAUUUGGCAAGUGGCUAAUUUUGUCGCCAAACCAAUAAAAUGCUCAGCCAGUCA